UCUGCUCCAAUAUGGCUUCUUCUUCUUUCGGUUCUUCCAUUGUGGCUCUGUUUAUUACUUUUGCUGUCCUCAUUGGCUCUGCUUCUGCAGUGCAUCUGUCAAUCCGGUACUACAACAAUUCCUGUCCCAAAUUACUGAGCAUGGUGAAAGAUAAAGUCGAUUCACAACUUGAGAAAAAGGAGAGGAUCGGGGCAUCUCUUUUAAGGCUCUUCUUCCAUGAUUGUUUUGUGAACGGAUGUGACGGCUCGAUUUUACUGGAUGACUCAGCCAACUUCACGGGAGAGAAGAAUGCCAUUCCCAAUAGGAAUUCUGUGAGAGGAUUCCAUGUAAUUGAUGCUGUCAAAUAUGCUGUGGAGGAUGUUUGCCCUGGCAUUGUUUCCUGUGCUGAUAUACUGGCCAUCGUUGCCAGAGAUUCCGUUGUGUUUCUUGGAGGGCCAAGUUGGAGAGUUAAACUUGGUAGAAGAGAUUCUAGAGCAGCAAGCCAAGCUGCUGCAAAUGAGAAUCUUCCAUCUCCAACCUCCAACCUCACUGAAUUGAUAUCAAUCUUCAGAAAGUUCGGAUUUACAACCAGGGAAAUGGUUGCCUUAUCAGGAGCACAUACAAUUGGCAAGGCAAGGUGCACAAACUUCAGGGGAAGGUUGUACAAUGAUUUGGACAUUGAUGAUGUGUUUGCCAAAGAAAGGAGAUCAAAAUGUCCGGAGCUUCAGGGCUCCGGAGAUGACAAUCUUGCACCUCUUGAUAUCCAAACUACCAUAGCCUUUGACAAUUCAUACUACAUCAACAUUUUCAUGAAAAUGGGACUACUGCAUUCCGACCAGCAGCUGUUCCAGCUUCAGAACAAUGGCACUGGUGGUGGUGUCUCCACAGACUCUAUGGUUGUGGAGUAUAUGAAAAGCCAGAGCAGCUUCUUCUCCUACUUUGCCAAGGCCAUGGUUAAAAUGGGUGAUCUCUACCCACUUACUGGUUCAAGUGGGGAGAUCCGGAAAAAUUGUAGGGUUAUCAACUGAUGGUUUCGUUCUCUUUGUAUUUUAAUGUUGGAGAUCAGAAUUAAUUAAACGUGUUUAGCUGUUUGUUCAAUUAUGUUUCCACCUAUCCAUGCCCAAAAAGAGAAACCCAACAUUUAUUAAAGAAAAAAGCAAAAACACACUGUAUAGUUUUGUAUUUCAAUUUGAGGUCAAGAAGACUGAUUAAUGGUAGUAAUCUGUGGAUAUAACAUUGUACUUAUCAACUACUUUGCCCAACCGUAGAGAGCCUAUC